GAAUGUGGGUGUAUAUAAGAGGGCGCAGCCAGCUUAGAGCCGCUAUUGCUGCUAGAGUGGGUUCCAGGGCGGGCGCACAGACAUCCCCUUGGUACCCAGAGGCCAGGGAGAAAGAAGAGUCCGAGCUGAGACUCCUGUUUCACCGCUGCAACAGACACGGGGACUCCUGAGUUCUGUCCCCCGCCCCUGUCCCCGCCACACACCCGCAGGCUGUGAGAUCUGGUCCAGCCUCCCCACGACCCCGCGCGCGGCACCGGCAGCCCAGCAGCAGAUCCCAGCCGAAGGCGAUGCGCGCGGGGCUCGGGGCACCUAGGCUGGGGCGGAGGGCAUAGCGCCCGCUGGGGGAAGCGGCGAGGGUCCGGCUAGCUAGAGAGGCGGGUUGCGCAGCGGGCGGACGGGUCUUUGCUCCACGCGACACCUGCUGCUGACUCCUGCCUCCCCAGGAUGCUCAGGGCGAUCUCUCUGCUGCUGGGAGCCACGCUGCUCUGCGGCCACGGAGCCUCCGCCCGCCGGGUCGUCAGCGGUCAAAAGGUGUGCUUUGCUGAUGUGAAGCAUCCCUGCUACAAAAUGGCCUACUUCCAUGAGCUGUCCAGCCGUGUGAGCUUCCAGGAGGCACGCCUGGCCUGCGAGAGUGAGGGUGGUGUCCUGCUCAGCCUGAAGGAUGAGACAGAACAGAAGCUCAUAGAGAGCAUGUUGCAGAACCUGACCAAACCUGGAACAGGGAUUUCGGAUGGUGACUUCUGGAUUGGACUCUGGAGAAAUGGAGAUGGCCAAAAAUCAGGUGCCUGCCCCGAUCUCUACCAGUGGUCUGACGGAAGCUCCUCCCAGUUCAGGAACUGGUACACGGAUGAACCUUCCUGUGGAAGCGAGAAGUGUGUGGUGAUGUAUCAUCAACCAACUGCCAAUCCUGGCCUCGGGGGUCCCUACCUUUACCAGUGGAAUGACGACAGGUGCAACAUGAAGCACAACUACAUCUGCAAGUAUGAGCCAGAGAUUCAUCCAACAGAACCUGUUGACAAGCCACAUCUUACAAAUCAACCAGGAGACACCCAUGACAAUGUGGUUGUUACCGAAGCAGGAAUAAUUCCCAAUCUAAUUUAUGUAAUUAUACCAACAAUCCCACUGCUGUUACUGAUCUUGGUUGCUUUUGGAACCUGCUGUUUCCAGAUGCUACAUAAAAGUAAAGGAAGAACAAAAACCAGCCCAAACCAGUCUACGUUGUGGAUAUCAAAGAGCAUGAGGAAGGAAAGUGGCAUGGAAGUCUAAUGAUUCAUUGACUUGGCUCCAGAAAAGUACGUUUAUUAUUCUGGAUGAGCCUAAGGAAUGGCAUCACACAUUAGCUUGGAAUGGCUUGAAAUUUCAAAGGAUCUGCAAGAUGAACUGUAAGCUCCCCUUGAGGCAAAUAAUAAAAUAAUUUUAUAUGUUUAUUAUUUCAUUUACAAAGUAUGCAGUGCUAAUAAUGGUGUGAGACAUGCUUAUUUUGCUAAAGGAUGCACCCGAAUUUCAAGUAAAUGGAAUGGACCGUGCUGAUAAAAUUGCCAGCAACACAUAAGGAGUUACAUGUGUUGGAAGCAGUUAUUUUUAUUUCCUUCACCUUUCAUACCUUGUAUUCUACUUAAUGUAAUGUAAAUUGUAUUGAAAUUUACAGUGUGCAGAGAUAUUUUACCUUUGCCUAGGUGUUUGAUAAAAAUGGACUGUUCUAAUAUUUAUUUUUAUGGCAUUUCAUUUUUCAAUACAUGCUGUUUUGAUCAAAUAAUUGUGUCAUUGAAUUUUCACAGACACAUGGAAGUAUUACAGGAGGAGAAAAUUUCCUGUUCUAGAAAUAGUUCAUCUUUCAGUUUCCCUGUUUUUGGUUGUACAAGGUUUUGGAAAUCUCUUCAGAAAUAAGAAGCUGUUUCAUUAGCUGUGGUACAAAUCUCCUGAAACACUUUCUUUAGAGGCAAGAACUGUCUAAUUUCAAUUGUGCAAGACAUGUGCCUUACAGUUAUUUUUAGUUUAAAAUUAAACAGAUUUUGUAAUAAAUAAUUUUACUAAUUGUUGUCAAUCUUGAACAACAAAAAAAGAAAAGGUAGCAUACACAGUACAAAUCAUAGGUCUUCACAUGUUGCCUGUAGAACUGCAAGUAGCUUUCUGAGGGGUCUGGAAUCAAUGCGAAGCCUCCUUUUUCAACCAAACAAGACAACUGUUUGGAGGCUGGAACUGACACUGGUUUUCCUGCUAAAUUUAGUCCAUAGAAAAGCAGGUCUGAUAGGUGGGACCACGUGAGUGGCUUUUAAGAGUGAGAUGCUAAGCACAGCACACAGUAGGAUUGGAAAGAACUACACAUUAUAUAAGUUAACAUAACAUGAGUUGUAGGUCAUUAAUGGUUGACUAGUCAUCACUGAUGAGGGCUUGUUUGUGAUACUAAACUGGUGUUUCCUUCUUGUGUAUGAGUGAAUUUCUUUGAUGCUUAUGAUUUGAUCUUAUCAAGAGAGAGUUGUAACCAUUUGGUCGUCAAAUGUCCCUGUGCUCCUUUUAACCAAAUAAAGAGUUCUUGUUUCUGAA